AAACAAGUGAUUCAAUUAUAAAUAAAGAUUUCUACACAUAGAAGUAAUCAUCAACUUAAAGUGCCCUCUUUGGGGAUUGUAUUAGAGAUCCAUCUGGAUUCAUUAACUUAAUUCUAAACAUUUCUUCACAAAAAAAAAAAAAUCUUUAACAUCAAUAUUUAUGGAACAUGUCCACAAAAAAUCUAGCUGUCAACACUAAAUAUUGCAUUGUUACAUUUCUUUUCACAGUUCUUUUUAACAGACAUUUUAGUGACAAACCUGAGCUUGUGCUUCACUGAGUUUAUGAACUUACAUUCAUAUUUUGUUGAAGUAUUAUUCAAUAAAUAUAUUUAUAAAGGAUUUUUGAAUUGUUGCUAUUUUUAGAAUAUUUUUUAAAAAUCUCACGUACCCCUUGGCAUACCUUCAAGUACCCCCAGGGGUUCGCGUACCCCCAUUUGAGAACCACUGUACUAGGUCAUAAAAUCAGUGUCAGUUGAGUCGGUCCAUAGGUUGCCUGUAGGGAUUUUUAAUGUCCAGCAGAUGUCAGUAUUUAGUGACACAGUAUCAAUACAGUUUUGCAAUGUGUCGAAACGCUUCAUGACGUCUCAUCAACCCAUCACUAGUAGAUAGGUUAUUGCUGCAUCGCUCGCGGCUCGUCAUAUAUUUAACGUUAAUCCGUGAUUUCACCGAGCGUUUCACUGACGGUGAGCAGCCUGACGCUGCUUCAUUAACACCGCCGCUGUUUGACUCGUGGCCCGGGGCAGACGCAUGUAGUAACAGUCACGUGGUACAAUACCGACGAUCUAACGUGUCCAGGUUAUAACCAUGUUGUCAAUAAACACACAUGGACUGAAGCUAAAUUGUCCACUGUCCACUGCAGCAUGUGAAUGCAAUGAAAAGAAUAAAAUCUGAGUCAACCAGCUGUUAAAAUGUUGUCCAGGUUAAUGUUUUGGCCAUUAAAGGCCCUUCAUUUCAAGAUUUCAACUGUGAUCGGGCUUUAAACAGGUGGCUGACCUGUUCAGAUGAGUGUAACUGCUACUGGUCAAAUAAUGUGAAAUAGCAUUUAAUUUUACAUGUAUGCAAUGCCAUUUAAAUGUAAUUAUAGAUAAUAAUAAUAAUAAAUACUGUGUAGUGUUGUAAAUAGUCAACGGGAAGGAUUUUAGUAAGAUAUAAGCCAUGAGCACUACACAGCCAGAAAAAAACCUAGGCAGGACAAGUAAAAAUAUUGGGGCAAGUAGAUUUGAGAAGUCGGGCAAGUAGAAAAAACCUUAACGUUGAACCCUGCAUGUGUUGAGCUGCUGCCGCUUAAGGUUAGACGGCACUGUACAUAGAGCGGUUCUGCUCGUUAGUAAUAAAUUCUAAUGUUGGAUGUUCACUCCUUCACACAGAUGAGUAUAGAAAAAUAUUUUCAACGGCCGAAAAGGGCUCGACUUGGAGAGGAGGUAGGCCUACAGUCCGGACCACAGGUGCGACCUGUUCAGCAGCAGCAGGAGGAGGAGGAGGAGGAGGUUGACUGACUGUGGCAGGACACCUCUGCCUCUGUUUCACUUCAUGUUGCUGAUGGGCAUUGCCAUUGGGUUUCUGAUCCCGCCCAUCCUUGUGCCUAAUGUAGACGAUAUGGAUGAGCUGGCACGCCACAUUAAAGUCAUGUUCUACAUCAGCGCUGGAGUGGCCACUGUUGUCUUUAUCCUUGUGGUCAUUGUGUUUCAGGAGAAACCAGAGCUCCCUCCCACACAGGCUCAAGCUCAGGCUAGGUGCAUCCCCCCAGAGCAGUAUUCCUACGUGGGUUCCAUUUGGAGGCUACUGUGCAACAAGCCCUUCAUGCUGCUGGUUCUCAGCUAUGGACUUAAUGUUGGCUGCUUUUAUGCUGUCUCUACCCUUCUGAACCGAAUGAUCAUUGAACACUAUCCAGGAGAAGAGGUAAAUGCAGGCAGGAUUGGUCUGACCAUUGUCAUUGCGGGCAUGGUGGGGUCACUCAUAUGUGGCAUUUGGUUGGACAAGACAAAAACCUACAGGCAGACUACGCUGGCCGUGUACGUCCUCUCCCUCAUUGGGAUGCUGGUGUACGCCUUCACCCUCAACCUGGGUUACUUGUGGGUGGUGUUCGUUACAGCUGGAGUUUUAGGCUUCUUCAUGACAGGUUACCUUCCUCUGGGCUUUGAGUUUGCAGUAGAACUUACCUAUCCAGAAUCAGAAGGAACCUCAUCAGGACUCCUCAACUGUUCAGCUCAGAUCUUUGGAAUCAUCUUCACCAUUUCCCAGGGAAAGAUAAUAGACAGAUGGGGUACUUUGGCGGGAAACAUCUUCCUGUGCAUCUUUCUGCUGAUAGGAACUGUGAUGACUGGCUUUAUCAAGUCUGACCUCCGGAGGCAGAAGGCCAACCUUCAGGCGGAUGGACAAAUCAGUCCUGCAGGCUCAGAGACGUCAGUGCAAGAGUUCGAGGGCACAUCUUGCAGCAGCCCCUGGCAGAGGCAGUCUUGACAUAAACCUAACAAAACACACCUAACAAGAAAAUGGCUGCCGUUCUAGAUGAAAGCAUCGCUCCCCCUGUAAUCUUGAAAGAAGAAAAGCUUUAAAUGGGAAUACAAGAAGUAGUCGCCAUGCCUUGUCGAGGCUGAUUGGUAGCUGUACCAACCGAAAAACCUGUUGGAUAUUUGUUGCACUGUGCAACACCAUGUGCCAUGAGGACAUGAACGUAACACUCUUUCAUACACUUACAACGCACUUCAACCUCAAAUAUCUUCACAUUUCUUUGUUUGCAGAUUGCAUUCCAAGGCGUUUUUUAAAUUUUUUUUUAAACCUUUUGAAUUAGUGUCAAUGUUGUGUUAUGUCACUACUAAUGAGCAAUGUUGUAAAGUUCUGCAUGUUGCACUAAUGGCUAGCAUUUCGGCCGCACUGUCAGGACAUGGAGGGGGAUCAAAUCUCCGAUGGGGCAUCUUUGUGUAGAGUUUGCAGGUUCAAUGGAGUGUUUCCUCCCACAUCCCAUGUGAGGUUAAGUCUCUAAAUUGUCCAUAGGCGUCUAUACGUUUUCUGUGAUUGACGGGGAACCAAUUUAGGGUGUAGCCAGCCUCUCACCUAAAGUCAGCUGGGAUAGGCUCCAGCACACUCGUGACCUUAAUGAGGACAAGCGGUGUAGAAAAUUGAUAAACAUUAAUUAGAGCUUGUUCAUGAGCAUCAAAUGUGUUUGUUCCACUUUUGACAAAAGAAUUGUUUAAACGGUCACUUUUCAUGACAUCAUUAAGAAAAAACCUUCCUGAUUGACAUGACCCGCCCCUAACGUGACGAGCUGGUCUCAUUUAUACAGCCACCACUUUGAGGACAGCGUUGUCAGAAAAACAAAGCAAGCCUCACUUCACAGCUUAAAAUAAAGCCUGGAGCUCUGCCAACAAACUGUCAAUCAGCUACAGAGUUGGGGGCUGUAUGUUUAUUUUGUUUUUAUUUAGCAAACAGGCCAACUUAGUUUGAGGUUGCUGUUAAAGUGAGUGUACUCUUAGUAUUGUAGCUGACAUAGCUAUGCUAGUUUUAAAAUUUUUGUCCUCCUGUCCCACUCCUUAAUUUUUGAUAUCGUAUUUGAUAUUUGGCCUUUUUUACGGCGGAUAAGUGCAGGGUUACAGUGUCUAUGUAAAAAGUAGAUAAAGUGUACACUUGGUCUUCAUGAGGCAGGCACUGAUCAUCAUG